AUGUUUUCUAUCCGCAGAGCCACGUGCGGAGACUUUCUGGAGAUCCAGAAAUGUAACCUUACAUGCCUCCCAGAAAACUACCCGAUAAAGUACUUCCUUCAGCACCAUCUCAAGUGGCCCCAAUUGACCUACGUCUGUAGCGUUGCCGGAAAAGUUGUCGGGUACGUCAUGGGUAAGAUUGAUGACGAAGAUAACCCAAAGCAGGCUCACGGGCACAUAACUUCUGUGGCGGUGCACCGCGAUUACCGUGGAAUGGGGAUCGCAGAGGCACUAAUGCAGCAGGUCCUCCAAGAGAUGCGGACGACAUAUGGUCUUCCAUCAUGCAAGCUCAAUGUGCGCGUCUCAAACGCGGGUGCUCAGCAUGUCUAUAAAGACAUGUUGGGCUUUGAGCUGGAGCGGCUCGACGAGGGGUACUUCCAAGAUAAAGAAGACUCCCAGUUUCUCAAUUGUGACUUUACGAAGCCCGAGGUGCUCGCUAAGUUACGGCCUAUCAUUGGGUGUCUGGAUGAACUAGACGAUUCAGAGGAGGAUAUCUCCAUUUCGAUCAACGGAAAGCCGGUUAUUACCAAAGAGUCGUGCAAGAUCCAAAUAAAGAACCUGUUACAGGAUGACCAGCCCUUGUCCUCGGCAGUUGAGGAGAUGUGA